AUACCUCGUGUACAGCCAAUCGGGAGAAGCAUGCUACCUCCCUUGUGCGCUGGUGCCCAUCUUCUAUGUGCUCUAAAAGACCUUGCAUAAGAUUCCGCUAUGUUAUGUCCCGCCGCCGCCUCAGUGGUCCUGCUGUGUUUAUUCUGAAUACCAUCUCGAUAGUAAUUCUCCUUUACAUCUCGCUGUAUCUGUUGAAGAAAACGGGCGUCUUCAAGCAACAGUUGGAACAAGCGCCCAGAGACGAUGUCUGUCCCUCUAGAUGUUUAAAUGACGACUUGGCGGUGGAGUCGACCAUAGUAGAUGCGACAACGACAUCAUAUUCUGCAGUCGAACCGAAGCCAACACUUAAGCCAUGGGACUCGAGCUAUUAUGUGCGAGGAACUCCAGGCACCAACUUUCGAGAUAAUCUGCUGAGAGAUAAGAGUUACCUGACAGCGUGGUGUCUUGGAGGAUUCACGAACCUUUUCAUGGGUCAGACCAAUCUGAUUUACUUGGGGCUCAUAUCAGAUAGAAUCCCCGUUCUCCCUCCAUUUUCACCGUCCCACCAUAUAUCUGAUGACGCUGGAGUGAUUGCUUUUGGAGAUGUGUUCAACCUCACCCAUCUCCGUGACGUUCUUCAAUUUCCUGUUAUUGAAUGGUCCGAUAUUAAGACGCCUCUGAAGAAACUGGGAGAUCCUUCCGCAUCAUGGGAGGGGCUGGGAUGCUGGAGCGUGCGGUCUCGCGAUGUGGACGAUGCUAGUCCCGACUACAACUUUGCCAGAGCCCUCGCUCUCGAUGCAUCCUACACACGCGUACCCGAUCAAAUGUACCGUUCGUCAGAUUUUGAUGAGGGACACACCAAUUUUUGGAACCUUGCAUCUCUGAUAUAUCCAGUACAACCGGCGUUCGGAGACCAGACUUUUCCACUGCUAAAGGUGUCGCCCAAGGGCGAGAAGAGACCCCCUGACCGGCAUUUGGCGUGUUUUGAUACCUUGUAUUAUGUCGGUACCGGGGCGGAUUCAUUUGAAUGGACUCGUCCGUGGUCGCCGGCGUGGAGGACUGUAGGGAAGCACUUGAGGUUCACCGACCAUAUGCAGAAAUUGGGAAAGGAGUAUGCUGCGAGAGUGUUUGAUGUCGCUCCAAAUCAACUGCCGCCAUUUAUCGCUGUCCAUGUGCGGCACGGAGAUUUCAAAGGCAACUGUUGGGCAACAGAGGUUAUCAAGGAAUGCUAUGCAGAUCUUGCAGCAUUUGUGAGACGCGUAGAGGAAGUUCAAGAAGAGCUGCGAGAGAAGCUUGGUCUGGAUGUAAUCCAUAUCAUCAUAUCAACAGAUGAAAAGGAUGAGGAUUUUUGGGAGGAGGUCGACUACCUAGGCUGGGGAUAUGUCGACCACGAACAAGAAGGGACUGUCAAGACCUACGGAGAAUGGUAUGGUCCGAUCAUUGACAUCGUGAUCCAUAGUCUUGCUGUCGGAUUUGUGGGCACCGACGGGUCAACAUUAAGUCUCGUCAGCGGUAAGCGAGUCGAAGACUGGAAUAACGGAGUCACUCGGACGGUGAAAUGGGGCUACGCCGGGGCGGACAAUCAUUAACACUCAUAGAGCAUGCAGUGAUUAUUUAUGUUUUUUAUGGGACUAUUAAUAAUGGUUUUAUCGCUUUUUGUGUAUUUUUUUCGCAUAGAUUUAGGAUUAAGUAUAUAGGGGUUCAGACAGUAUCCAAAAUGUGACCAAGCCGAGACCGGUUGCGGAUAUAUUCCCUUCCGACUUUCCUACUGUCGUAAAUUGAUAGCUCAGCAUUUUAUAUGUUUUAUAGUUGUAUCAGCCGGGCCUUUCUUUAUCUGUACAGGUCGAUUUAAUUUAUCAUGGAC